CCCAAUAGAUGCGCCCGCCGAGCGGUGAUGACGCAGGCGUGUGUUGAUGUCUGAGGGGAUAGUGGCUCGCGCUCCUGACUUCCUGUUUCUGAGUAGAGCCUGGGGCUGAGGGCACCGAACCGGCCAGCAGCUGGGCAGAGCUGCGUUCUCCACCUCGGGGCGGCGGGAGGCGGGCGCUGGGUGGCUCCGGCGCCGCGGAGAGGAUGAACUGGCUGUUCCCCCUAUACAAGGGCGGUGGCUCCUCCUCGUCCCCCGCGGCCCCGCUCCCCGCCCUCACCAGUCUCCAGCAGCAGAAGCAGCGGCAGAUCGAGUCCCUGCGCAGCGCCCAUUCCGCCAUUGCCGAAAUACAGAAAGAUGUGGAAUAUAGGUUGCCAUUCACCAUAAACAACCUGACAAUUAAUAUUAACGUCUUGCUUCCUCCUCAGUUUCCUCAGGAAAAACCGGUGAUCAGUGUUUUCCCACCAAUAAGACAUCACUUAAUGGACAAACAAGGAGUAUAUGUGGCAUGUCCAUUAAUAAGCAAUUUCACAAUGCACUCUGACCUUGGAAAAAUUAUUCAGAGCUUACUGGAUGAGUUUUGGAAGAAUCCUCCAGUUUUGGCUCCUAGCUCAACAUCAUUUCCAUAUCUCUACAGUAAACCAGCUGGAAUGCCUCCUUAUACUCCUCAGGGUUUUCCAUUUCUUCCUCCAUACCCGCCACAAGAAACAAAUAGAUCGAUAGCUUCUGUGCCAGUUGCUGAAUCAGGUUACACUACAGACAAACCCGCUGCUCCGUCCUAUGGCUUGAUCACAGACCUGCCAUUACCUGUUCCAACAACAGAAGCACUAUUACAGGUGGGCCAGAAUGGUUUCACUUACAAGAUGCCUGAUGUUCCUGAUGCAUUUCCAGAGCUCUCAGAAUUAAGUAUACCACAACUGACAGAUAUGAAUGAGCAAGAGGAUAUUUUGCUGGAACAGUUUGUGAAUCUGCCACAGCUGAAGCAAAUCAUAAUGGAUAAAGAUGACUUAGUGAAAAGCAUUGAGGAGUUAGCAAAAAAAAAUUUACUGUUGGAACCCAGUCUAGAGGCAAAAAGGCAAACAGUGCUGGAUAAACAUGAACAGCUUACUCAGAUGAAAGCCACCAUUGAAAAGAAGAUGCAAAGGCAGCAUGAGCUUAGUGAGAGUUGCAGUCCCAGUGCUUUGCAGGCCAGACUGAAAGUAGCUGCUCAUGAAGCCGAAGAGGAGUCUGACACUAUUGCAGAAGAUUUCUUGGAAGGAAAAAUGGAAAUAGAUGACUUUCUUAGUAGCUUCAUGGAAAAGAGAACAAUUUGCCACUGUAGAAGAGCCAAAGAGGAGAAACUUCAACAGGCAAUAACAAUGCACAGCCAAUUUCUUGCUCCACUAUAGACUUUCCUGCAAACUAGACCUGCCAAGAGAAGAGUGAACAAACCCAAUAAAGCACAUUUUCUAACACCUAUUUGCAAAUAAGCAUUUCAUCAUAAAUGGUUGUAUUUAUAGAACAGAUUGUAUACAGUGCUGAGACUGUUUUGUACAAAUUAGAAUGACUCUUUAUAUUCUCAUUUUAUUCAAGAAAUCCUUCUAUUGCAAUCUUUGCACUAAUAUUUCUUGUAUUUAUUGUUGAUACUCCUUACCAUAUUUAAGUUCCUGCUGCUAUCCUGCCAUUCUUUAGAGAUUAAUAUCUAAAUGUGUAACUUUGGCUAGCUUUGUACAUUUUAUAAAACAUAAUUCAUACCUUUUGUAUUUUGAAUUUGAAACAUUUGCUUGAGUUAUUUUAUGAAGACCUUGACGAUGGUGAACUUUGUAGGGAGGAGAUUGGUAACGCUUUUUAUAAUUGUCAGUGAAAUAUCAGACUUCCCUUCCUCGAUGCCAAAAAUGUUCAAUGCCAGUUUAUUUUUAUUUCAAAUAAUAUCAUACUAAACGUUCCUGCAUCCUGUUGGAUAAGUAGAAUUAGUUUAAGGAAUGGAUGCUUUGGAAAAAUAUUAUAUCAGCAGUCUGUAAAUAUACUAUCUAUUAUGCUAAGAGUACAAAUGGACUCUUCAUUCUGAAGUGACAGGGCACCCACCACUGAAACUAGCUACAGAGUUUUCAGCCAGACAUCAUCUUUCAUUUUAAGCAAAACCAAAGGAAUUCGUUGUUGCAC